AUGCUGAGAACGUUCUCCACCGGACUCGUUGCUGUUGCACUCAGCUCCAACGAGGCGGCGGUGGAGCAGGUGGUGCGCACAGGCCUCGUGCAGCACCUCGCCCGCCUUCUGCGCAAGCGAGUGCUGGGGCGCGCUGCUGCGCCCGCUGCAGGGGGGGCGCAGGGGGGAGCGGGAGGACCAGCAGGAGCUGGAACAGGGGGGGUAGGAGGAGGGGGAGGAGUAGGAGCGGGGACGGGGGUUGUGGGAACACCUGGGAGCAGAGGGAGCAAGCUGCGUAGUGUGAGUAGCAGGGGGGAGAGUAGCGCUGCUGCUACCACUGCUGCUGCUGCUGCCGCUGCAGCUCAAAUUGCUGGAUUAGCAGAGGAGGCGAGAGCAGCAGCAUUAGGGGUCGCGGAGUCGAGAGCAGCAGAGGAGAAGGGGAAGACAGAGGCUAUAGGUGAGGGGAUGGGGAGCGGAAACGCCUCAGCACAUGCGGAUGUGAUAAUGACAGCCCCUGCAAAAGCUGCACCCAACCCCCUUUCCCCGUUAGGAAAGCUGAAAGACUCAGGAGGGGGAGGAAUGGCAGUGGAAGGGGGGAGAGAGGAGCUAGGAAGUAGGGGUCGAGGGGGAGGAGGCGGUAGGAAAGCCAUGCUGAAAGGGAGCAAAGCAGAGCAGGGCGCAGGGAAGGGCAAGCAUGCUUCCGCCUCUGGAAUUGGUGGGGCCGAGGUUGAGGGAUCAGGGUUCGGGGGUUCAGGGGCUGGAGGUUCUGGGGGUGCAGGGGUUCCGGGGGGUUCUGGGGUUAAGGGUUCUGCCCUUGAGAAUUUACUCCCUCCUCCGAAAGCUGUUAAGGUUGGGGCUGUGGAUAUCACUGAAGCAGUUGCAGUGGCGUGGGAGGCGGCGAGAAGGGAAGCAGAGGCGGCUAAUGCUCCAGCUGACGUGGUGGCUGCUGCAGUGGAGGCAGCAGCAGAGUCGGUCAGGCAGGCUGCUGCUGACGCGUUGGAGGGGGGAGGAGGAGACGAAGCUGUUGCUGCUGCUGCUAGGAGCGCUGCUGAUGCUGUGAGACAGGCUGCGCAAGCGGUGAGCGGGGCAGGGAGUGGGGCAGGAAGUGGGGCAGGGAGUGGAAGCAAGGGCACGGCUCCAGAUGCUCCAGCUGUUCCCACUCGCCCUGUAUGGCAGCUGACUCGGCCGCAGCUGGCGCAGCUAAGGGAGUGGUAUGCGGUGCAGACGCUGGCCGCACUGGGCGAGUACAUGGAGGUGCUGGGUCCCGUGCUGCACGAGAAAGGGGUAGAUGUCUGCCUUGCUCUGCUCAGACGCGCCACUCCUGGACCUCCAGGGGCCGAGGGGUCUGCUGCGGCUGCUGCUCCUGGUGUGGCCGGUACAGGUGGCAGUGCUUCUGCUGCCGCUGCUCCUGGCACAGGGGAUUCCACAGCAGGUGCAGCUGCAGCGGCAGGAACAGCAGCAGCAGCAGCAGCCUGUGGGCCGAUGAGUGUGCUGCUGCUGGCGGACGUGUUGAAGCUGGUGUGUGCGCUCACAGCACACCGCAAGUUUGCCACUCUCUUUGUGGACCGCGGGGGCGUGCAGCUGCUCCUCUCCCUCCCCCGCGUGCCCCACACCCUUCCCGGCCUCGCUGUCGCCUUCUUUGCUCUUGCCUCGAUCCAGCCUCCCCACACCCUCCUGAACCUCACUGUUGACCGGUUCACACCUGGUUCGCCCUUUCCUCAAGUAGUUGUUCAGGAGAUAUCUCCUCCUCCCUGCCCUCCCGCCCUCCCGCCCUCCCUGCCCUCCCCACCUCCCUGCCCUCCCUGCCCUCCCGCCCUCCCCACCUCCCUGCUCUCCGCCCUCGCUUCUACCCAGAGUAUCAUAGAUGUCAUGGAGCGAGAAGCGUCCCUUCCCCAGCCAGUCAUCCGCUCGCUCAUCUCAGCAUCGCUCCACCUGCUGCUGUGCCCACUCGCGAGUGUGAUGGAACGUGUAGCUUCCCUCCCCCAGCCAGUCAUCCGCUCGCUCAUCUCAGCAGCGCUCCACCUGCUGCUGUGCCCACUGGACCACGCGCGGCGCAACACGGCGCUCUUCUUUGCCGCCUCCCUCGCCUUCCCUCGCCUCCUCCUCGAAUUCGACGCCCAGGGGGGCCUCCCCGCCCUCAUUGCUCUGUUGAGAAAUGCUGCUCAGUUAAGUCUCACGAGAGCAGUGGAUUCGAGUGCACAGGCGGUGGAGGGGUUGAUGGAGGCGCUGAUGGUGUCGGACCGGCGCCUGGCGCACGCGUUUGUGCGCUCGCGAUGGGGCGCUGCUGAAAGGCUCGUGGAGGAGGGGGCAGUGGAUGUUCUGCUGGAGCUCUGCCAGGUGCGUGGGAGCACAAGCACCAGGCUGGAUGGAGAAGGCUGGGGCGGGUCUAGGAUUCAGGGGUUUGUGCGCUCGCGGUGGGGCGCUGCUGAAAGGCUCGUGGAGGAGGGCGCUGUAGACGUGCUGCUGGAGCUCUGCCAGGUGGGUGUGGUUACCAGCACGGGGGAGCUAGCAGAGCACGCCCUGGGCGUCCUCCACGUGCUCACCCUCGCGCCCUUCACGCACCGCCACGUGCUCUCCGCGCGAGUGGCCUCGCACCGCUGCGGCAUGCCCGUGCUGCUCGACGCUGCCAGCGGGGCUCUGCUGGCCGAUCCCGAGCUCACCACGAGUGCAGGCAAGGCCACAACAGCAGCAGCCACAGGUGCAUGCACAUUCCCUUCCUCCCUCCUUUCCUUCAUCUUCCCUUCCUCUCUCCUCUCCUUUCCUUCCGUGCGUCCCCUACUGCAGCUCACCACGAGUGCAGGCAAGGCGACAACAGCAGCAGCCACAGAAGCAACGGCGCCGACACUCAAGAGGCUGGAGCGAGCUGCCAUUGCUGCUGCCACUCCCAUCAGCUACCCCCCCAGUGAGCUCCUUCAACUGAUACACGCCCAUCUAGUAUCAGAAGGCCUACACCAGUCAGCAAGCCAGCUGCUAGCAGAAUCAAGCAUCAACCCUCUCGUCGCCACCCCCGUUCCCUCCUCCUCUCCUGCCACCGUUCCUCCCUCUGCCGCCCUUCCCUGCUCUCUUGCUCCCUCGGAGACUUCCCCCAAUCGCCACCCCCCCCACGCUCUCCCGCCGCCUCCCGCUCCUCCGCUUCCUCCGUCCGCCUCUGCUGCACCGGCUGCAACGUCAGCAGCAGCGCCAGCUGGCAAUGCCGGACUCGCUGCUGAGGCAGCAGGGGGGCUUAGCUGGCCUAAGGGCAAAGCCGGAUGGUUCUUCUCUGCUGGAAGAAAGGGUGGAACCUCAGGUGGGACCUCAGGUGGGGCCUCAGACGCCCCCUACAGUAUCACCCGUCGCCUCGCCGCCCGGCAACGCCGCCCGCCUGCGGGCGGGUGGCAGGGGCGGCGGCUGGAUCGGCAGCUAGUGUUCAGCCGGUUCCGCCCGUGGAGAACUUGCCGGGAAGAUGCGGUUAUGAUUACCAGUGCGUGUUUCCUGCUGGGGGCGGGAGGGGCGGGUGGGGGCGGCGGUGUGUGGGGUUUCGGCGGGGGGGGCGCCGGGGGCGUUGGGGGAUUCGGCGGGGGGAGGCGAUGCUUAGCAGUGGGCACGACUGCAGGGGAGAUUAAACUGUUUGACGCGGAAGGGGGUGUGGUUGUGGAUAGCUACUCGUGCCACCAGUCGUCGAUUGUUUCGGUGUUCUCGGCACCGAGACCGGGGUAUGAUGAUGAUGACAGGGGAUUUGUGGGUCGCGGGCGGGGGAGACAGCAGGAGGAGGAGUUGCAAGGCAAUGCAUUGGCAGCAGGAGGAGGGGUAAGAGCAGGCGGAGGAGCAGCAGGAGGAGCAGGAGCAGGGGGAGCAGGAGCAGGGGGAGCAGGAGGAGCAGGGUCAUCAGCAGCAUCGGCAGCAUACGGAGCAGCGUCCUGCCUCCUCCUCUCCUCAACCCGUACAGAAGUCAAGCUCUGGGAUGCUGCAGACCUCUCUCUCGGUCCCAUCCACACCUUCCCCUCCUGCCGCCUUGGCCGUUUCAGCCACUCCGCUCGCACCAUCGGUGCAGUGCGGUGCGACGGGCAGUCGAGGGAGUCAAGAGAGGUGCUUCUGUAUGACGUGGCGACGGGCAGGCUGCAAGAGACGCUCAGAGAAGCGCCCAUUGCUGCUGCUGCUGCUGACUCGUAUGCUACUGGCGCUGCUGCUGGUGGGGCUGCUAACCCUGCUGGGGUGGUUGGUUGGGGGGGUGUGGGCGGUGGGCUGGCUGGUGGGGGUCUGGGAGGCGGCCGCGGUGGGAAUGGUGGCUUCGGUGGUCUAUUUGGUGGUUACGGCGGUUACGGUGGGUUUGGAGGGUUUGGGAUUGGGCUUGCUGGCGCUGCUGGUGCUGCCGGUGCUGCUGCAGCUGGUAUUGGCGGCGGUGGUGCUGCAAUGAUGGGUGGAGGAGGAGGGGGGGCAGGGGUGAAUAGGUCGUUGGGGUCCCAGGGCGUUCAUUUCUCCCCGCUGGACGAUCUGCUGCUGUGGAAAGGGUUCCUGUGGGACACACGCAUCAGUGAGCCUGUGCAUCGCUUCGACCAGUUCUCCGACUAUGGAGGAGGGGGCUUCCACCCUUCAGGCAACGAGGUAAUCAUCAACUCAGAAGUCUGGGACCUGCGAACACGGAAGCUUCUGCGCAGCGUCCCGUCCCUCGACCAGACCUCCAUAACAUUCAACGCCACGGGGGAAGUCAUCUACGCGACUCUCCGCCGCACCACCGACGACCUUCUAGCCGCCCUGCACGGGCGCCGGCGCAAGCACCCGCUCUUCUCGGCGUUCAAGACCAUUGACGCGACUUCGUACACUGACAUCGCAACCGUUAAUGUCGAGCGAUGCGUGCUUGAUCUGGCCGUUGAACCCACGGACGGGUAUGUGGCAGCGGUGGUGGUAGAUGAGCAUGGGGAAUCGGAUUCUGUUGCAAGACUGUUUGAGGUUGGGCGGCAGCGGGUGGUGGAGGAGUUGGGGGAUUACGACGUGGAGGAUGAGGGGGAGAUGGAGGAUGAGGGGGAUGAAGGGGAGGAGGAAGAGGAUGAGGAUCAGGAGGAGUUGGAUAGUAUAGAGGAGGAGCUUUUUGGAGGGUUUUCAGAGGAUUUGGAUGAGGAGGAGGAUGAGGAUGGGUUUGGGCAGCCGAGGGUUAGGGCUGUGAGGGGUGGUGGGCGUGGGGGGUUGAUGAAUGGGGAAGUGGAGGAGGGGGAGUACCUGGGGAGUGAUUCGGAGGACGAUGAGGAGGCGGCACAGGAGCUCAUGGAUUUGAUAAUGGAGGGACCGUCGGAUGAGGAUCCGGAUAACCGAAAUCCAGAGCGCGCAUGCUGGUGUUCUGCACUGCUCCCUGAGUACGCGGCUCGGCAGCAACACAUUCGGCGAGUGGCGUAA